AUGGACCCACUUCUUAAAGAGGUCUACCCAGAAGACACCAAAUUAAUUGCUUACGCCGACGACAUCGCCCUUCUGGUGGCGGGCAAUACAAGAAAUGAAGUUAUUAACAAGACCGAGUCAGCCUUACAAACUAUCGCGGCCUGGGCUAACCGCCGAGGAUUACGUUUCUCUAGAGAAAAGUCGGUAAUGGUCCCGCUCAAAGGUGGCCUAGUCCCGGGUUUCACUGCGUCCUUUGAUGGUGAGCGCAUUAGAUCAGUCCCGGAGACAAAGUACCUCGGCCUGCACCUAAGCGAAGGAUUCAAUCUCCACGGACAUGCAGUUAAACUCCUCGAGUCCAGUACAGACGUCUUCUCUCGGCUCAAGUCAGUAAGGAGAUCUAAGUGGGGUGCGUCAGCAGCACUGUCACUUUUAAUCUACAAGGCAGUUUACAUCCCGAGAUUACUGUAUGGGUGCAAAAUUUGGUACCCAUCCGUAACAACCGCAGGCAUGCAUAAUAAGAUGGAGUCCGCCCAGAGAAGGGUGCUCUUGGCGGUCACUGGAGCAUACAAAACGACCUCAACGAGGGCCCUCCAGGUCCUCGCUGGCACGCCGCCGAUACAUCUACAAAUAGAAUCUGCUAUUAGAAUACAAGAUGGAAUGCAGAAAUCGGACUAG